UAUGCCCUCUAACGGGUUUUCUUCCGUGUGACAGGUUUACAACGUUGCGACGCCUUUGCGCUUUAUACUUCGUUUUGCAUUACCCAGCAAUAGAUGUGACUGGUCUAGCAUGAUUAACAUUGAAGAUAGUGGAUAUGGAUGCAUUUUCUGUAAUAUUUUGUUCACGAAUAAUUUAUUUUGAUUUUUUCAGAGCUGGAAAUAAUGCUCCUGUUGCAUAGCAGUGUGAUCCAAUCCAGGUUUUAUUGGGAGUUUAAUGAGACACCUUAGCCAAACCAAGAGGGAGCGGAUUGUCAGAAAAUGAAGCUGAAGAGCCAUUGCACAUUUUUUCAGACCCUGUCUAGUAUUGCAUGGAAAAGAAAAGCUGGACCACAGUGCAAACUUUGGAGUAGUGACCGACCCACCGCACCCCUUGGUGCAAGGAUAUUAACUGAUCCCAAGAAGGUGUUUGAACAUAAUAUGUGGGAUCAUGUCCAGUGGUCACAUCAAGAAAAAGAAGACGCAAGGAAGAAAGCCAUUGAAAAUUCCAGUGUCCAGAUUCCUCUUGAGGAACGAGAUAAAUAUGAUAAAGAAGCUGGUAAAUAUUGGGAUGAGUUUUAUAAGACACAUCAAAACAAGUUCUUCAAAGACCGCAACUGGCUGUUCUUUGAGUUUCCAGAGCUUCUGUCUCACAGACGAGAGGGGUUUGGUGUGGAGGAAGGGCAGUGUAAUGUAGCUGUUCCUGCCAGUAAGUCUGAGCUAUGCAACAGCAAGGACCCACAGCCUGAGCAGUCAGAGAGGUUUUCUGCACACAGCAGUCUUCACACUGAGCACAGAGGAGGAGUGAUUGAUGGAGCUGUUAGUUCCUGUGGAGGCUCUGGAAGAAACAAUGAGAUGUGGAAGAAGAUGAAUACAUUCCCAGGUAGUGAAGCAACAUUCAGGAUCUUCGAGGUUGGAUGCGGUGCUGGAAACAGUGCGUUUCCUAUUGUGAAUGCCUUGAAAGACAAGAGUGUAUUUCUUUACUGUUGUGACUUCUCACCUCAGGCAGUGGAGCUGGUAAAGACCCACCAGAACUACAGUCGGGUUCAGUGUCAUGCCUUUGUUCAUGAUGUGUGCGAGGAAGCAGCCACCUUCCCUUUUCCAGAUGAGAGCCUGGAUAUCAUUCUUCUUGUCUUUGUACUCUCCUCCAUUCACCCUGAGAGAAUGCAGGGAGUUGUAAACAGAUUGACCCAAUUACUAAAGCCUGGGGGAACCUUGUUGUUCAGAGAUUAUGGCAGAUAUGAUCUGUCACAACUUCGGUUUAAAAGAGGUCGCUGCCUGUCUGAAAAUUUCUACGUCCGUGGAGAUGGCACCUGUGUCUACUUUUUUACAAAAGAUGAAGUUCACAAUUUGUUUUCGAAUGCUGGUUUGAGUGAAAUCCAAAACUUGGAGGACCGGCGCCUCCAGGUGAACCGGGGGAAAGGGGUGGUCAUGCGCCGGGUGUGGAUGCAAAGCAAGUACCACAAACCACUGGCCCACUCUGACCCCUAGAAAAGUGAUUGUCCAGGCCUGAGCACAACAGAAAAUAAUUCAGGUCAGGGGGUCUUCAGGAUUGUGAGAGAGACUUCUAUCAAGAAGUAGCAGAUUACAUUGACAGAGGCAACACAUGCAAGUGGGGCUGUCAGAAUAGCGACGACUGAAAUAAAUAGUGCCCCUGUGUGAGCCCAUUGUCUUGUGUGAUGAGCAGCAUACGGACAGCAUGCUAUGAAUUAAAAAUCUAAAUCCUGAAGGAGUUGUUUUACUGAACUAUGUUUAUGUAUAACCACGUUCGGUUUCAUAACUUCUACUAACACCACAUGCUGUACAGCAUAUGAUACAAUACAAAUAAUACAUAUUGUUAUAUGUUUUCAGUUGUUAAAUCAGUUACUGUAACAGGAUAGCGCUGUGGCCAGAUGGUACUGCCAGGAAAGAGACUCAGACACAAGGAAGCUGCAGUUUAAGCUUGCAUGCUUAAAACCAAACAAAGAACACAGGAACAAACAAACUGGGCACGAGGGCCAAAAUAAAAGGCUUAAACAAAAUACACAAAUGUAGGCUGGGCAUUCACCUUCCGCCCUGCCACAGUUACAUAAACAGCUCAAGCAGGGUCAGGGCAAAGGGAUUUUUCCUAAUAAUGUGGACACCCACACACAAAAAAAAUCUGCAAUGCGAUCUCGCGCACAACUUUCAUUCUGUGUUAUGUAUUAGUGGGUUAUUGUACAGUACAUGUUGACAGACGGCUUUCAGAUGCUGCUUAUUUUUACUCUAGCAUUGGUUCGAACAAACAAGCCACUGUAGUCAUGUUCAGGGUCGUAAGUGUACAGCAAAAAUAAAAAUAAAAAAUUGA